AUGGUCUUUGGUACUCUUACACAAAGAUAUGAUUCAGUUAGAGAUUAUUAUAGAAAGAUUGAUAAAUAUACAAGAUGGAGUGGGAUAUCCGAUCAUGAAAAAAAAAUACAAUUUUUACGUGACUUGUCUCCGGAAAACAAGUUAGAAAUGAAGCGAUUAGGUUUAAACAGACCUUUAAAUGACGAAUUGAUUGAAACUUUAGAACAGAUUGAAGUGAAAAAGAAUGACAUGCUUUUAGGUGAAGAUAUUUAUAACCAGCCAGCUACUAAGAUAAAACCAAAAGAAUCUUCUAGUCCGGCUAGUCAGGGUAUUAUUACAGAAGAUGUUGAUAGAAUUGUAAAUAGUAGAAUUCAAGCAUUACAGCGAGGACUCCAACUUCAGACAUCUCAACCCACGCAGACUGAUUUAUAA